CGGAAGUGUAUCUACAGUUGUUUUCACACUACCCGCUUUUCACGUGGGUAUGGUGAACGUGUAUACUGUAGUAUAUAAUAUUCUAUACAAUCAUGAACAUCUUACACUCUUGUUUUAAGGCUCAGAUAGGUGAAGUGGUUUUACCUGGAGAUGUCUUCCGGUUUGAUGUGUCCUCUGUAGAGGAGGACAGCAGCGUUAAAGCUGAAAAGAUCAUCUGCGGACCGGGAUUGCGCCGAAACGGAGACGAGAUCCUGGUGUAUAAAAGCGGUAUCCUCCGCCAUAAACAGCCCAAUGUGUACUGGAUCGACUCCCAGCAGAAACGCUAUGUUCCAGUUAAAGGCGAGAGCGUGAUCGGCAUAGUGACGGCGAAGUCCGGGGACAUCUUUAAAGUGGACGUGGGAGGCAGUGAGCAAGCCUCGUUGUCCUACUUAGCCUUUGAAGGGGCGACUAAAAGGAACAGACCCAAUGUGCAGGUGGGGGAUCUGGUGUAUGCCCAGUUCAUCAUCGCAAACAAAGACAUGGAGCCAGAGCUGGUGUGUAUAGACAGCUGUGGCCGGGCGAAUGGGAUGGGAGUGUUUGGAGCAGAUGGGUUUCUCUUCAAGGUGUCUUUGGGAUUAGUGCGCAGGCUCCUCACACCUCAGAGCGAGAUAGUGAAGGAUCUUGAGAAGAUCUUCCCCUUCGAGGUGGUGGUGGGUUUAAACGGCAGGGUGUGGGUAAAGGCUAAGACCGUUCAGCAGACACUGAUCGUGGCCAAUCUUCUGGAGAGCUGUGAGAACAUGACGGCGCAGCAGAGACAGACUCUGUUCAAGAGAGUGGCAGAAGGCGCCCUCUAGUGCACGCACUGAGUGCUGGUUUCCAUGGCGAUUCCUCAUUGUACAGGCUAAAUGUGGCAUGACUGUUCCAAGGCUUGAAUUUGAACAUUUAGUAGAAUUUUAUAAAUAAUGUUUGAAAAGUACUGUGAGAGUGUACAAUAUACAAGUAGGACUCUGGAUGGACUGCACUUCUAUAAUGUUUAUGAUUUGAGCAGCAGUUUGGGAUGCACACACAGCAGCUCACAGUCAUCAUUUCUGUAUUAACAGAUGUUUUUUUUUUUUUUUUAUUGGUGCCUUGAUUCAAUAUUUUUUU